UGGACAUGUUUACAUGUAUUUACCAAUGUAUAAUAACCAUUCAUCUGUCUGUAACAGCUCGCAGACACCGACGUGGCCGCCGCCGCCAUCAACAUCAGGGCGUGCUGGCCAUCGGCAUUCAAGAAGGAAACAGCCUCCAGGAGGCGAUUGACCGCCUCCUAACUGGAGAAGGGGCGGUCCUUCUAGAGGCAGAGGAAGAGCAAAGCCUGCGACGUCUGCAACAGGGCCUCCGCAGGGACGUAGGAGGGUGGAUUAUUGGAGUAGAGGAAGCCCACCACCUCCUCCAGCGGCUGAAUAACAUCAUGGCCAGAAUGCCGAGCCCUCCUCCCCCUGCGGAGAUGACCACCGGCCCUGUUGCAGAGUCGUGGGGUUACACACAGAACACCAUGAAUAUGGUCAAAGUUCCUGAAUGCCGCCUGGCCGAUGAACUCGGAGGACUAUGGGAAAACUCCCGUUUCACCGACUGCUGCCUCUGCGUGGCUGGUCAAGAGUUUAAAGCGCACAAAGCCAUUCUGGCAGCCCGAUCACCUGUGUUUGGCGCUAUGUUUGAACAUGAGAUGGUAGAAAGGAUAAAAAACCGCGUCGAGAUAAUAGACGUGGAGCCUGAUGUGUUCAAAGAAAUGAUGUGCUUCAUCUACACCGGCAAAGCACCUAAUCUGGACAAAAUGGCGGAUGACUUAUUGGCGGCUGCCGAUAAGUAUGCCCUGGAACGCCUGAAAGUGAUGUGUGAGGAAGCUCUCUGCAGCAACCUAUCUGUGGAGAACGCAGCAGAGAUCCUGAUCCUGGCUGAUUUACACAGCGCUGACCAGCUGAAGACCCAAGCUGUGGACUUUAUCAACUACCAUGCAUCUGACGUUAUGGAGACAGCUGGGUGGAAGUCUAUGGUUAUUUCCCAUACACAUCUGGUAGCAGAAGCAUACCGCUCCCUGGCUUCAGCCCAGUGUCCUUGUCUGGGCCCUCCACGCAAACGUCUGAAGCAAGCCUAA